AGGUGGUUCAGUCCCAGAUGGCUUGCCUUCGAGUCCUCCACCUGAGCGUGACGCCUUCGGCCGCGCCGCGACCUGGUGGCAUGCGGCAGUCGGCCAUGCGGCAGAUAUCAAUGCGGAUGGCAAUGGGCUGGAGCUCUUGUGGUUUGCUGGCUGUGCCCUUUGGGCGAAGGUGGCCUUCACGGGCUCUGAGGUGUGGCUCGAGAUCACUCACUGUCAAACAAGGAUCUCAGUCUGUUGGCCUUCACUUCUUCUCCGAUGCCAACUUCAAGCCAUUGAGAGACCAAUUUGUAAAUUCCGUAGUGGAUGAGGAGAUCGAGCUAAAGGAAACCAUUGUGGAGGACCUCAAUGUGAUAAAACAGCGCACAGCUGGUGGGGUUCCUGUCUACAAGUUCAAAACGAAACUGUUGUUGGAUGCCUUGGAAGAUGCGGGGCAUGAGGAAAUUCUCCUCAUUUCAGACGUUGAUAUCCAAUUCUUCGGGGAGGUGAUGCCACUGGUUCGCCAGGGCAUUGCCGGGAGAGACAUGUGCUUUCAACGAGAGUUCACUGAGUUGGGUGUGAACAUUGGGUUUGUCGCAAUUCGGCGAACUGCAGCGGCUAUUGAUUUUUGGAAUCAAGUGUGGGAGGAACUUCCAACAGGCCGUCACGAUCAGCGCAUUGUCAAUAACCUGCUGUAUACUGAAAAGAUGCCUGCGCUGCGCUGGGGCUGCUUUCCACCUGAGAUUUGGGCCUCAUCUCAGGUGCCUUUGGGGGAAGCCAUGGCUCACAUAGCGGAAGCAUUCGCCAGGCCUUCGAUGGAGGGCUUGGCAUCCCCAAACGGAUCGUACUUCACCAUGCCAAUUGGAUUAUCCGCGACUAUGCAUCAGACGAUUCAGGUGCUGAUGCAUCAAAUCCGACAGCCAAAUUACGACAGCUUGCAGAACUGCGCGGGGCAGUGGAGGAAAAGUCUGACUUGAAGCAGCGACAGUUGGUUCAACGACUUCAAGAAGAUCCCGACUUGGCCAGCUACCAUCAAAGGCCAUGAGGGGGGUCAAAGUGUGAAGGCUUUCCAAGGCCAAAGGCGCAGAAUUCACGGUUCAAAUUGUGCGAAGAUCUGUUGCACUGUGUACAUUGCAAGGACCUUCGGAGACCUCAGACAUGGCCCACCAUGGGUGGCCCUUCCUCCUGCACAUCCUGCUAGACCCGGUGGACGAAGGAAAUCUCGUUAGAUGACAAGUCUAUGCUGUGUGCAUCAGAUACAAAAAGGAUUUUGCAGGGAAAA